AUGGUAUCAGACGAGGUAUCAGACGAUACUCCGUCCAUAAAAGAAGGCAUAGCUGAGGUGGUAGCCCAUAUGAUGCAAGUCCUCGCCAUAGUCUGCCUUGGCCUCCAUUACAAAAGCGUUACAAAUGACUUAAACACUGACAUAAUAUCAGCUGCAGCCUUUGGAGGUUAUAUCAUCAUUUUGAUUGGAGGAUUUUCAGGUCAUUUGAUGACUACUCCCUUCAACAGGAGGAUCGACAUUUUCUUCUGCUUGGCAGGAUGUGCCUUGUUCGUGGCUGCAGGAGCAAUGAACAUUAAAAUCUACCAGGACUACGGCAAAUCAGAAUGGAGGGACUAUGGCUUAGCCAAGGGAUCAUUGGCCAUCAUCAACGGAGCUCUGUUUUUGCUGGAUUCCUUGUUAAUGUACAAUAAUAUGGAUAUAAGGAAUAAUAAAAUGCGAGCGAUCGGUUGUGUAGUAAGAUUUGCUUUCUACUUCUUUUGUGAUAAUGAUGAUCAUGAACAACCCAAAGACGAUAUUGCUUAUCUUGAACGCGAAAUUGGACGUAUGACUUCGGAUCAAUUCAAAAUCCAUUUUCGAACUUUCGAACAUUUAUUGGAAAGACUACAUGAGUUUCAUGUUACACCUAAGGGUCAUCCAGAAAUUACUGUUGAAAAAAGUGCUUUAGUUACCAUAUGA